AACAGUGCCACCUACUGCACAAUCUGUCCAGCUGUGUACCAGCCGUUUAAUUGAGAAAACUGUACAUUACCUGGUACAGUCAACUUCAUGAGGCAAAUACUGAAAAUAUUCUGAUAAUUAAUUUAAUUUAUUAUUAAAAACAAUGUGUUUAUCUAUUCAAUUCAUUGGAACUAUUACAUUUAUUGGAACUAUUUUUCCUAUAGCGUUGUUGGUUUGCUGGAAUAACCGCGCUUGCAGGGGCUAUUACGACCCCCUACCCACAGUACAGAUAAGGUCAAUGCAGGCAGAGGUAACACGGAUUCUGGAAGCAUCCAAGAUACCAUUUGAGCUCAUCGAUAUUGCAUCUGGUGAGACACUGCUUGAAGAGAUGAGAAGCAAAACCAGUAACCCCACAGCUCUCCCUCCGCAGAUAUUCAACAACGACGUUUACUGUGGGGAUUACUACCAGCUGCACGAAGCAACUGAAAAUGGUGAACUUCUCCAGUUCCUAAGAUUAUAGCAAGUGAAAGGAUCAGCCCAGAAAGGGGAAGACGUGAAGUGCAGCUGGUUCUCAUUUACAAAACAAUCCAUCUUACAUGGUAUCGUUUGGCAUAACAAUGUUGUGAAACCAU